AUGACCUAUAAGGGAAAAGGGCAAUUUACCAAAAGGAAAAAGUUGAGCCCAAUGUUCGUUGGCCCGUACAAGGUGAUCGAACGGAUAGGCGCGGUGGCAUACAAAUUGGAGUUACCACCGAAGCUAGACGUCUUUCAUAAGGUUUUUCAUGUAUCACAAUUACGGAAAUGCCUAAGUGAGGAGGACGAAGUGGUCGAGGACGUACCACGCGAGUUGCAAGAAAACUUGAUGGUGGAAGCCACGCCUAUUCAAAUCAUUUACCGAAUGGUAAAGGGAAUGCGCAGAAAAAAGAUUAACAUGGUGAAGAUCUUAUGGAACUGCGGUGGACACAAAGAAGCUACUUGGGAGACUGAGAACAAGAUGAAGGCGAAUUAUCGCAAGUGGUUUAAGGAGAUGAGUGAAGACCAACUUGAUCCGGAUUUGGGGACGAAUCCCUUUCAAGGGGGAAGAAUUGUAACGUCCGCGAUCUUGAAUAGGAUCGUAGGUCGUGGCUUGGUCCGAGAUGGUAGGGAAAUCUCGGACAAGUCGGGAGUUUAG